CACUCGAUGCCAACAUCGCGAAUGGCUGCUUCUUCCUUGCAACACCAAAAACGAAAGCAACAAUGGAGGCGAAUUCAAAAGCAAGCAUCAGUAAUAGCUUGACAGAAGAGGAGGUUCGGCUUGAUCAGCUGCUGAAGAGUCGCGUGGACAAUGCGGUCCAGGCCUUUGCGACGGCCGACACACUCGGACUCGUGUCCCUGAAGGAACAAAUCGCAAACCUGAGGCAGGACCCACCAGAAGCCCGGAGCGUUGACGCCGUGAUCGAUAGCGAUGGUUCUUCUUCCGGGGACGAGAGCAGCGGGGAGGGCGGCGACUACAAAGAUGCAUCGGGCCACAUUAGCAGGCACGAACAAGAAUACGCUGGCGUUGGCAACGACGGCGGCGACGACGACAAGGAGCUGACAACCCUGAACGCCUCGAUCGUCGACCCCUUUGGAGACAGGGGCGACUACCAGGGCGAGGUCCUGCGUUCCUCCCUGGACCACGACCGCGGUUCCAACGACGACGAAGGCGACGAAACCCCCCACGCCGCCGUCCCCUGGGGUCUCGGGACCAUGGCCUACGCGGACGGGAGGACCUACCAGGGCCGGUGGAAGGACGGCCGGUGGCACGGCCGCGGGAAGGCCUCCUACCCCAACGGCGACACCUGCGAGGGGGAGUACUCGAACGACCAGCGGCACGGACGGGGGGUCUACCGAUGGAGCGAUGGCCGGACCUACGAGGGCUGCUUCGAACACGACCAGAGGCACGGCCACGGGGUGUAUGCGUGGCCGGACGGGUCCAGCUACGACGGUUUUUUUGCGGAGGGGCAGCGCCACGGGCAAGGGACCUACACGGUGCGUGAGGUUGGGUUUGGUUGGGUUGCAUGUGUGCAUUGCUGUGUCUGGCAUCGUUAAAGGAUUCCUUCUCCAUGUCCACUGUAUAGAGUGUAUGUGAAAUUAUGUUUUGUAACUCACCCAUUGGCACUUUUUACAUUUUCUAUAGUUCUGCGACGGGAGUUUCUACAAGGGGGAGUGGAGACGGGGGAUCCGUCAUGGUCAGGGAGAGGUCAGUAUCUUAGUUGCCCUACAAGAGGAGUGUCUAUGACAAUGCAGUACAUCGUUGUCUUUUGUUGUAGCGAAUCCGUUCUGUAGAAAAGCACGUGACUAUCGCAAAACAGCAAGCAAAUGAACGAAGUGUUAUCCCAUUACUCUAGCCCCGUUUUGCCUCGGCUUGUAUAGACACCCAACAAAUAUUCAGUGCCAGGACGUCACUCGACUCACCCUUGUUUGCCAACGCCUUGAUCGUUUUCAAAUAAUUGUUGUUGCCGAACAUGUUGCCCAAAACAGUACCGGCGGCCAGAUGGUCGGACCUACAAAGGAGAAUGGGUUGAUGGAAAGGCACACGGGUACGGGAUAGAAACCCGCCCGGAUGGGUCGGUACGACACGAUGGCCAGUGGGAGAACGAUUUGCCGAUAGUUUGAUAGUGGUUGGUUCGGACGUUACAGAGCAAUCUGUUUUAGUACCGUAACAAACAACACAAUACUGCUAUUCAUACCWGGUGUUCUAAUUGCUAGUUUUAAUUGCAGGCGCUUUUAUGGAUGUUAUUCGCUAUUCUUAGUCCCUCGAGUCGGAAUCUCUGCACAGAGACGUUUUAAGUUUCUAG